AUGGCGCGCGAGACAUUUUCGCCCAAGUUCGUACUGCUGCUGCUCCUUCUGUUUGUGGUGGGCAGCCUCUGCUCGUUCGCAUUCUAUGCCCCGUUUGCGAUGCGCGGUGUGCCCAACUACUACGAGCUGCUCAAUCUCAAGCCCGACGCAUCCAUGCCCGAGAUUAAGAAGGCUUUCCGAGUUGCCUCCAAGCAGCUGCAUCCGGACAAGGUCAACGUCGAAGAUGAGGAAAGCCGUCUCAAGGCCACCCGCAAGUUUAUUGAAAUGACAGAAGGCAAGCAUCUUCUCAUCAGCCUCCAUCUUCAGCCUUCGAAACGCUGCGAGAUUCGAAGAAGCGGUACUGGCAAACUGGCCCAGCUGCUGGCGUUCCUGCUGCGGGUAGGAGCUGCAGCUGCCGCGUCGUGCAUGAUCGCGUUCGGCGUGAAGCUGCACAUCAUCGCCGCCCACACGCUCUACCGAGUGCUCUACGCCAACCUCCAUCACUGGAAGUUCGUCGCCGUCAUCGCCUUCGCCCUUCUCUUCCGCUCGUUCGUGCUCGACGGGUCCUUCUGA